ACAAAUAACCAUGUUCUAUUUAUUUUAUUUUGGAGGUAGAGGAAGAGUAGAGUACUAAAGUUAAAAACGUGUUAGUGUGUGUAAACUUGUCUGAAGCCAUAAUAGCUCAGUGGUGAAGGAGCCAGUCUCAUCACUGAGAGAUGGGGGUUCGAUUUCCGUUCCCUGGACUAGCCUGUGACAAUAGUCCAGGGAGCGGAAUGGGGGAGGUUAGGAGUGGCGCUAACGGUUUUCCGACUAUUUGUAGUCAUAUUUAAAAGAUAUGGAAAAUAUUUUUAAAAGAAAACUAAAGAAAAGUCAACGAAAUGAAAUUUAGAGUAUUAUGGGGGGAUGGGGUCUGACAUCAAAACCAGCUUACAAAAACCCUUCCCAAACGUAGUAUAAUCUAUACUAUUUAUACACUUCUGAAUCCAAAUAUUCGAAUGUGAGCUAUGGGAGUCUAGGUACUUAUUACUAUUCUCCUCUGUUCAUCAACCUUCAACCAUCGAUAUCUAAAACUGUGGUAAAUUUAAUUCUUUAUGUACCUAUAAUCUACAGUAGACAGAUUGACAGGUGUCAAAGUCGUAAACACUUAGCUCCGUAUAAAACAGUGAUUAAAAUUAUUAAAUCUAGAAUUUCCCACAAUAUAAAGUGAUUAUUUUGUUCGUAACAGUGUAAUACAUCUCAUAAAGUAUCAAAAAGUCAUUAAAUAAAGAUAUCGUGCAAAUAAAUACCCUAAAACGAGUGGUCUGUACUUACUGGAUUAUAGUGACUAUUAUAUAAUUUAAAUGUAAACAACACUGUUCAUCAACUGUUAUUUAAACACAAACUAUCAUUGUGAACACAAAUUAUAUACUUUUGGAACGUUUUAAUGAAGUUACAACAACACUAACGCUAAGAUAAACGCAAGUUUAAAGUGUAACUGUCACCCACCCGCAAUUCGCAAAACGGCGGUCAAUCAGCUGACGAGUGUAGGCAGCGCAUAGUACCGUGUGCAAGCGAUUCUCGCGGUUGCGUACACGGCACAAGUACCAUUUUCGGGCGUCGUGCGCCGCGCUGCGUGUCUCACUCGCUAUACGUUUUAUCUAAGACUAGCGGUUGCCUGGGACUGCGCCCGCGGAGGUGAAUAAUUGGACCUGUUAGAGUUUUUUAUUAUAACUAUAGAUUCUUAGAAGCUAAAAAUGGAAAAUCAAUUCCAAAUUUUAUUUGAAAAAAUGAAAAAUGAAAUGCGAAACCAAACAGACGAAUUAAAAGAAUCUAUAUUAGAGAAAUUAGACGAAAAACUACAACCAAUUAUAGCAGAAAAUAAAAACUUGAAAACAAAAUUGGAUAAUCUUGAGAAAGAAAUAGAAAGCCUGAAAAGAGGGAAAAAGCAAAAUAACUUAAUAAUUUACGGAGUUAAAGAAGAUGAAAAAUCUACGCCAGAAAUAAUACAGAAAGUGAAGGAAAUCUUCAAAGCCGACUUAGACCUACAUUUUGAAGACUAUGAGGUAAAUAAAAUUUAUCGAAUUGGAAAUAAACAAAGCUCAUGUAAAAAACCUAGACCUAUCCUAUUUUCCUUUGUAAAUGAAUGGAAGAAAAGCGAAGUAAUGAAAAGAAAGAAAAGUUUUAAAGAUGUAUAUGUGUCAGAAGACUAUAGUAAGGAAGUUUUAGAAAAGAGGAAAAUGUUGCAGUCGCAACUGAAAGAGGAGAGGAAUAAAGGAAACAUCGCAUAUUUAAAAUUCGACAAACUAAUAAUUAGAGAGAAAGUUGAUAACACAAAAAAUGAAAAAAGAAAAAGAGAAAUGUCAACAUCACCGCAACAAAAUACACAACCAAGAAAACAACAAUAUAUGAAACCAUCCAACAAACUGAAUGCUUAUGAUUUGAUGAAGAUUAGAUCUAACUCCCUUCCUUCGAAUACGAGUAGAAAUACAACAACCAAUAAGCAAUGAAAACUAACUACCUAUGAACUGAAACUACCGGAUAACAAUAAAAAACUAAAAUUAAGAUACACGAACUCACAUCUUCCAAGACGGUUGGUCACCGAGGAAGAUUAUGACCACUACCUUCCAAAGGAGAUAAAUUCAAAUAUAUGUAUAUAAAAAAAAAUCUCGAAAACCAUGAAACAAAAAUAAUUAUACCUUUCGUUCACAUGAACGAAUAGGUAACAAAAUGGCGAGGACCGCCAGGCAAUCCAAUCCAGACAAUCUGACAAACUGCUGUUGUAUAGGUAGACCCUACAUACGCUGGAACCGCAAUGGAAACAAAGUUAUUAAAAAUAGCAAUCCUUGGAAGAGGCCUUCACCUGAGAGGGGUUCCUAAUAGUAUAAAUAUAAAUAAGUUAAAUAUGGUACAUUGUAAAUAUUUUCCUUUCUUUGUCUGUUUAAAAAAAUCUUUAUUUAAAAUAACGUACCAGUUUGUAAAAUCUAUUUAGGAAAUAAAAGGCUUUUUUAUUUUUUUUUUUAUUUUUAUUUAUUUAUUUAAUCUACAGUAGGCAGGUUUCCUCACAAUGAUUUUCUUUCACCGUUUGAAGCACGUAAUAUUUAACUUGUUAAAAUGCACCGUUUGAGACUCAAAACUGAAAAGUUGGAGGUGCACGCUCCGGACCAGAUUCGAACCUACGUCCUCCGAAUCAAAGGCAGAGUUUAUAUCCACUUUAUCACGGCUUUGCGGUACCUAUUACCACGAACUAACUAAAUAUUUUUGGAUUGCACUUUAUUUUAAUCCAUGUUCUUAUUUUCCAAAGUUAGUUCUAGAUUCCCAUAUGAUUGAAGCCGGAUUCAUAUAGGAGUGUUGCGUUGUGCUGUGAACACUACACCACGCCAUUUGACAUCUACGGACAUAUUUAUAAACAUGAACCAACAUUUAAAACUCAAUUUUUUUCAAACUAAAGUGAAUUUCAAAUAGUAGAAAUAAGGUCCACUUUAGUUUGAAGAAAAUUGAGGUUUAAAUCUUUUGUUUAUAUUUUUUUGUCCAAUAGUGAGUAAAGAUAGAUUUGCCCGUGUUAAUUUUCGCCGUGCGGCACCAGUCGCCUCGCUUGUAAAUGUAGUUGCCAUGCAAUUUUCUUUAUUUCCAAAGAAAAUGUUGAGUAGAGCGGAUAUUUUAAAGAGGCACACAGUUUAAAAAGCUCAUUCGGCGAGUAAUUUUCUGCGACUGACCAAAAACUAUUUGCACGGUCAAAGUCAAGGUGAACAUUCAUUUAUUUUAAGGUUACAAGCACUUUUGAAACUUCAGGUUAUAUUACGAUUACGAUUAUCAUGGUGAUAAAUUAAGUCGAAUACUUAAAAUUAAAGUUACGAGGUUUUUCAAACGCGCCUUGGUCCAAGAAUAGGCUACAAUAAACUCUGCCAAUUCUGGCUAGUUACCCGUCGAAUGCAACUGGUUGCCGCACGGCAAAUCUCGGAUGGCAUCUUACUUUGGGGCUUUCAAUAUUAGUCACUUGUAGAGUAAUGUC